GGUUCCGCUUUUUGCGCAAUUCUCUGUCACUUUGUCCAUUCACCGCUUUGUGUUAUUGACGACAUUUAUCCAGAGGAGGAGGUAUAAUGUUAUCUGACAUUAACCUUUGCAUUUCAAGAUCAAACGUGACUGCGUGUUGAAGCAAACGCAAAAUUAUCCAGCAAAUGCGCGGAAAAGGUUCGUUUGAAACGUCAUUGUGAGGGGCUCGGUUAUUGAUUUGUUUUCCUGCUUUCGCUGGACUUCAGGUCGCACUCAUCGCAGCGAUGGACAUUUGUUUAGUUUUGGGCACUCUGGGUGCUGCUCUUGCGGGUCUCGUCCUUGCAGCUUAUAAACUUGGCUUACUUUAUCAGCUGUUUCAUAAGACCGAGACAAAGAGCCCUCGACAUGGAGGGGAGAGCGUGGCAGAAGUUCUGCGGACUCACGGGGUCAAAUUCGUUUUCACGUUGGUGGGUGGACACAUCUCGCCCAUCCUGGUGGCAUGUGAGAAACUGGGCAUCCGCAUUGUUGACACCCGGCACGAGGCCACAGCUGUGUUUGCAGCCGAUGCCGUGGCAAGACUUUCUGGCACAGUGGGUGUGGCUGCGGUUACGGCAGGACCCGGGCUUACUAACACGGUCACUGCGGUGAAGAACGCUCAGAUGGCCGAAUCUCCGCUGCUUCUUAUCGGUGGUGCAGCUGCGACUCUCCUGCAGGGUAGAGGUGCACUGCAGGAUAUCGACCAAAUGUCCCUCUUCAAGCCGCUGUGCAAGUUUUGUGCUUCAAUAAGAACCGUGAGAGAAAUUGUUCCUACUGUAAGAAAAGCAUUAAGCAUCGCACAAUCUGGCACACCAGGCCCCGUGUUUAUUGAGUUCCCCAUAGACACGCUUUACCCUUACCAUGUGGUGGAAAAAGAGUUUGCCCCUAAAAACACUCCCAAAGGGCUGAUGGGGAAAAUCAUUGCAUGGUAUCUUAAGAAUCACUUAUGUAACUUAUUCGCUGGAGCAUGGGAAAGCCGUGAUCUGUCCCCGCUUCCCAUUCACAUCCCUCAGGCCACAGAGGAUCAGAUCCAAAAAUGUGUGGAACUGGUGAGCAGAGCCAAGAAACCUGUUAUACUGUUGGGCAGCCAGGCAACCUUACCACCUACACCUGUGGAUGAUAUCAGAAAGGCCUUAGAGUCUUUAGGUAUUCCCUGCUUUCUGGGUGGGAUGUCCCGAGGCAUGCUGGGUAAGAACAGUCCACUGCACAUCAGACAAAACAGAAGAGAUGCCUUGAAGGAUGCUGACCUUGUGCUGCUGGCAGGCACAGUUUGUGACUUCAGACUGAGUUAUGGAAGAGUGCUGAACAGACGGAGUAAAAUCAUCGCAGUCAACAGAGACAAAAGUCAGCUGCUAAAGAACUCAGACAUGUUCUGGAAGCCAACGGUGGCCGUUCAAGGCGAUGCUGGCUCCUUCCUCCUGCGUCUCUCCAAAGCCCUAAAGGGACACAAAUGCCCGGAGGAAUGGCCUCAAAGCCUGAAAGAAGGAGAUAACGUUAAAGAAAAGGCUAACAGAGCUAAAGCAGAUGAGAAGACCGAGAGGCAUCUAAACCCUCUUAAUGUUCUGCACCGGGUAGAUGAGCUGUCGAACGAGGACAGCAUCAUAGUGGCCGAUGGGGGAGAUUUCGUCGGCAGUGCUGCUUAUAUCAUGAGGCCGCGGGGUCCCUUGCGAUGGCUGGACCCAGGUGCUUUUGGGACUCUGGGUGUUGGAGGAGGGUUUGCUCUGGGAGCGAAGCUUUGUCGACCUGACUCUGAGGUAUGGAUUGUAUACGGCGAUGGUUCCCUGGGAUACAGCGUUGCUGAAUUUGAUACCUUUACACGGCACAAGACCCCAGUGAUAGCUCUGGUGGGAAAUGAUGCCUGCUGGAGUCAGAUCUCCAGAGAACAAGUGCCUAUGCUCGGGAGCAAUGUAGCCUGUGGUCUUGCCUUCACAGAUUAUCACAUAGUAGCCGAUGGUUAUGGGGGCAAGGGUUACCUGGUUGGGCGAGAGGAUGAAUCGCAGCUUGAUGACAUCAUUAAAAAAGCCCAGAAGGAGUGCAGAGAGGGAAAAGCCACUCUGCUAAAUGUUUUGAUUGGGAAAACCAACUUCAGGGAAGGCUCUAUUUCAGUUUAGACUGGGACACUGUACACGAUCCUGCCUAGAAACCCAAAGUUUUAAUGUUUUAAAUACGAUAUGCGGUACACCCUUUACUAAAUGUACAGAUUCAUUUGAUUUGAAAAGAAGGAUAUAAGCGGUUGUAUUAACUGUUUGUGCAACAACAUACCAGAUGCAAUCUGUGCAAUAUGUGUACUAUACUUCUUUAUAGGGUAGUUUUUUUAAUGUUUUAAAGAUUUUCACAUCACUCUAAUGUGAAAAAUAAUGCUAUAUUUAAAUUGUAAAGUAUAUAUACUGUACACUCUGGUAUUUUGUGUUGUCCUGCCUUUAAUUUAUGCUAAUUUUAAAUAUAUAUAAGAUACUGUAUUACAGUAAUGAGAAUUGAGAAUAAUAAGAUUUUUUAAAUUAUCCAUAAUCCUUACAGUCCUAAGAAAAUACAGAAGUAGGGCAUAAUAUUAACAGUGCCAACACCAGCCUUAAUUUAACUUCAAAAAUACUAUGAUGUAUCCAGGAUGUUUUUCAUAAAAUUCACCCAACUACUCAAGGAUCAAGAGUGCCUUGCUUUGUCCAGACUAAGUGUGAUACUUUGAAAGAGCAGAGAUGUAGUGGUCCAUUCAAUUUCAUUAUUUUCAAAGCACAUGAAUAUUUUACUUGAAUUACAUAUUGUUAUUGAAACUGAAGGAUUGAUCCCUGUGUUAGUGUGACUGCUUGUGUGAUAUGCAAUAGUGUUAAAUCUUCUGCUUCAUUCACCUGUGUGCCUGUCAUUACUGAAUGUUAAACUGAUCUUAUUAACAAAGUCAACUAUUUGGUAAAAAUAUAAAGACUUUGCAUCUGUAGUUAUUUGGACAGUAAUGUCUCACUACUGAUUGAAUCAAAUGAAUCUUCCAAUUAAAGUCUAGGAAAAAGCCUAAACCAAAAUACAAUACUGUAUAUUUAGAAAUAUAGUCCUGUAUUUUGAGUUUUCCAAGGUUUGACACCUGGAUAUACCACAAUGAUUCACAGAAACAUUUGCAAAUGGUUACAUGAUUAAUCAGGAUAUAUUGAUUGUAAUAAAAUCAUUGAAGCUGCUUCUUUGCCUCCUAAAAGGUCUUAUUUUAUCCAUGCCAUAAAGAAGACUCUUCCAUCUGUGCAAUAAUGUGUGCAUUAGGGACAUCUUUUGUACUUAAUACUUGAACUAAAAUUGUACAAAGAAUUUAGGAAAUUGAAAAUGGCAACCAAAAUCCCUAAAUUUAAACAGAUCCAUAGGAUCAUACAGGUUAUUAUGCACAUAAAAUCCCACUGAAUAAACACAGAUGUCUGGAAAUCUUUGUUCGGAUCUCCACUUAGUUAUCCAUUAACAUUAUUCACAUUGUGUUCAUUUUAAUGUACAGUCUCUGGCUUCUUCAUUACCUGGCCAGUGUAGUUUAAUAAGAGACGACAGCAAAGAAAGUACUGAAAAGAGGAGGUCUGUUAUCUUGUGUCUGUUUGCAAGAGCCUAUAAUGUUAAAUGCUUCAUUUACUCUGGGCACAUCAUGACCUGUCCGAAAGAGCCCUCGCCUUGCCAUUAACUCGUUUACUGCUUUAUGGUUGGCAAAAUGUGAAUGAGAACAUUUCUUUUAAUGAAUAUGAACUACUGGAAGCAACUUAACUGACCAGAGCUGUUUCUGUGGCCACAUUUGUUAUUAAAGGGACAGUUCACCCAAAAAUGAAAAUUCUGUUAUCAUUUACUUACUCUCAUGUUGUUACACACCUGCAUAAAUUUCUUUGUUCUGAUGAACACGAAGGAAUGUUUGUAACCAAACCGAUCAUGAGCCACAUUCACUUCUAUAGUAGAUAAAAAUAACACUAUGGAAGUAAAUAGGACUCAUUAGCUCAUAUCCAGCUGUUACCUCACUUGGACGUUAUUAAGUGGCAGACAUUUUAAAGACAAAGUAACCUUUUUUUGAUAAUUAAAUUGAUCAAAUAGCCAGAAAGUAUGCUACUGACUAUCAACUAUGUUAUGUAAAUUGUUGUGAGUUAUAAUAAAAAAAAAAAUCCUUUAUGUC